AGAAGAAGUCCAGGGACCAAAUCCACCCGUACUAGCUCAACCGAUUCCGCUGUCACUCGUUCGGGUUCGGUCGGGGUGGAUAAGGCACCACCCCGGAAAAGAAAUGGCGAUGAAGUGGCUUCGCUUCUCCUUCCUCGCGCUCGGGCUCUUGUCUCUGUGCUUCGCCGCGUCCGGCGACAACAGCGGCUUGAAGAAGAUGAAAAUGCAGUUCGCGGCGGGGCCCUUGCUCAAGUUCCAGAUUUGUAUCUCCUGAGGGUACAAGCGGGUGUUUGAGGAGUACACGCAGGCCUUGUACCAGCGGUACCCGGACAUCCGCAUCGAAGGGGAGAACUACCUUCCCAUCCCCGUCUAUCGGCACAUUGCUUCCUUUCUGUCUGUCUUCAAACUGCUGGUGAUCGGGAUGAUCAUUGUUGGCAAGGAUCCUUUUGCUCUCUUUGGCGUACAGGCCCCGGGGGUCUGGGAGUGGGGCCAGGGAAAUAAGAUUUACGCAUGCAUGAUGGUGUUUUUCCUCAGCAACAUGGUUGAAAAUCAGAUGAUGUCCACGGGAGCUUUUGAAAUCACAUUGAACGACGUGCCAGUGUGGUCCAAACUGGAGUCGGGCCGCCUGCCCUCCAUGCAGCAGCUGGUGCAGAUCCUGGACAACGAGAUGAAGAUGAACGUUCACAUGAACACGAGGCCACUCCACCACUCCUAACAGCCUUCCUCACCCCGCGGCCGCAGCCAAAAGCACCUCCAACGUUUGAGGCGGGCCUCUCGAGGGACUGUAACGUGAUGUUUAUGAAAGUCUGCACUGAAGGCAGGACCACUGCUGGCGCAGACCGGAUGCACCCACAUCGUCGUCAGCACGCCCCUGAGAGAUGGCCCGCCCCCGACGCCCGAGUGGGCUUGUUGGCGACACUGCCAGCCAACCAACCAACCGGUCAUUUUCCCGUACUCGUCACUCACGUCAUGUCAAAGCAAAACAUCCAAAUUAGGAGAUUUAUCGUGGUUGCGUAGACAGUAGUCUUUAAUGAAAUGCCAUUUUUACCACUGAGCCAAAUGUACAGGAUGUUUGGAAAGUCACUGUGCACUUAUUUUUAUCAAAAAAAAAACAAAAA